CCUCGUUCCUACCGGACCAUUUUCUAGGCAGAACAGACAGUCAGGCCGGAAACGGAGGAACAGCCACCAUGGCGGAGACGCACAGCUUGCAGGACCUGAGACAGCAAGCAGCCAUCGCCUCCAAGGUGUUUGUUCAGCGGGACUACACCUCAGGCACCGUAUGCAAGUUCCAGACCAAGUUCCCUACGGAGCUGGAGGCCAGGAUUGAGAAGCAGCAGUUUGAGGAGACGAUACAGACACUCAACAACCUGUAUGCAGAGGCAGAGAAGUUGGGGGGGAAGUCCUAUCUGGAGGGUUGCCUGGCCUGCCUUACCGCUUACACCAUAUUUCUUUGCAUGGAGACCCACUAUGAAAAAGUGUUGAAAAAGAUUGCCAAGUAUAUCCAGGAGCAAAAUGAGAAGGUUUAUGCUCCUCUAGGACUCCUGCUCACUGACCCCAUAGAGAGAGGGCUGAGAGUUGUGGAGAUAACCAUUUUUGAGGACAGAAGCAUUGGCUCAAGAUAAAACAUAGCAAAGGAUCCGUACUGGAUGUGUUUUUCACCGACCUGCUGGUUUCAGACCUGCAUCCCCUUCAUCGUGGUGUCAUAGUACCUGGUUUGCAUCUGAAUGUAGAUACUCAUCUUACUUUUAUUUUAAAGCUCUUCCUCGAUGUAUUUCUUUCUCCUCACAGGAGACUAAUGUAAUGUGUCCUUCAAAACAACCCCGUCCAGAGCUUUGUCAUUUCUACGCUCUCAAAAUUUGAUGUCUGUCAUAAGCAGAAUCAUUUUAAAAUUUGUAUUAUGCCAUUUUUAUAUUGCUCUUUUGGAAAUGAUUUCCUUCUCCUGUGUUCCUUAAACUGUUUGCUUUCUGCAUAUGCGUUUUCUGAACGAGGAGCAGGUAACAUGCAUUGGUUUAUCACUCAGCUGUGGUGGUGUGAUCGUGUCCUCGUGGUAAAAUCAUCCUGGGGGAUCAUUGUCAAUGCCAUAUGACAGCUGGGUUCAGAAACACUAAUGUACUCGGUGCUGUUCUGUAUUGAUGUAUAUGUUAAUACCCACAAGAUUGAUCAGUGAAGGUUUCAGAUUAGGUCACCAUUGUCAGUAUGUACCAUCUCCCAUACUCAGUUAAAACACUACAGCCUGGAUUCCUCUGGACCUAGACUCGUCUGGUUCUGAACUCAAUUACUGUGUAAAUUAUGAAAGCGUUUAAAUGAAGGUGCAGUGUGUGCAGACUGUGUGUACAUUUAGUCCAGCUGUAAGAAUGAUGCACUAAAUUAUGAUUAUUUGCUGUCCUUUUGCUCCUGCUGUGUCCUCUUAGUGAUGCUGACGUUGAACCGACCUUUUAAUGGUAGUGGUUGUGUUCAGUGCUGGAUCAUUUGUAUCUUUGUUGUAUCAUAAUAAACGGUUGUCUUUUCUUGACAAACUGGAUACAUUUCUUUAAAAUAUGUAUCUUAAUAAAUUGAGAUUUCCAUUCUU